AUGAAUCCACCAAAUCCUCAAGGGCAAAUGCCACGUCAAGUAAGUGGGCAAGGUUCUAACGAUGGGCAAAAUUUUUUACGUCAAAAUGUACCACCACCUGUUCAUGGUCUUCCUCAACAAUACUACCCUCAUCAAUAUCCACCAAAUCAUCAGUUUUCAGCACAACAACAACAACAACAACAACAUCAUUUUCACCAGUAUAAUGUUGGCCCUCAGUAUGGUGGUCAACAUUUACCUCAGUCACAAAAUUUACCUCCAAAUAAUGCUUACCAACCACAAAGCAAUGUCUUUCAACAGCAGAUUCCAAGAUUUCAUGAUCGUUCAAUUGGCCAUCAAUUUCCAGUAAAAGAUGAUCAACAAUUCCAAGCUUCUCAAUUUCGUGGAACAAAUUUUGUUCCUGGAAUGAAUGAUAGAAAUUUUCCUGGUGGACAAAAUUUACAUUUAGAUCCUAAUAGACAUAUUGCUUUCCAACAACAAGAAAGAUCAUUUGAUGGAAAAGUAAUGGCACAACAUUUUCAACAUCUACAUGGACAAAGAAUUGGUAAUCAGAGAUAUGAACAGAUGAGUCAUCAGUACCCAUUACCACCUACAAUAUAUUAUGGUAAUCAAAAGCGAACAGAUAUACAAGGACGUCCAAUUUUAGAAAUUAAACGUGAAAUAUUAGAUAAUUUGUCAGAGGAAGAGAAACGUAAAUUAAGUAUGGCUAAAAAUCUUCAAAAUAACUUGAAUGACUAUCAACAAUCUAUAGCCUGUCCUCCUUAUGGUACAAAUUUAGAUGAUGGAACAAAAAAUGUUCGAGAAAUGUCUAAUCAACUAGAAUCAGUUCAAUUUCCAAUGACAUCACAAGACAAUCAAUUUUAUAAUGAAACAACAAGAAAAGAUCAUGGUAAUUCAGAAUAUGAAAAAGCAAUAAAAAAAUUAAAAGAAAAUGAACAAAAAAUAAAGUUAAUUCUUGAAAGACAACAAAUGGAUGGAAAGAUAACAGAUGCUAAAGAAAAAAUUGAGAAGUUAGAAAGAAUUAUUUAUUCUGAAGAUAAAGCACCAUUAAAGCUAAUAACUAAAUUUAUUAAUGUCACUGAUUCUAAGAUAAAGGAUGAAGAUUUGUGUAAAUCUGUUAUAGAUGCUUUUGAUAGUAUUGUUAAGUCUGGUGAUAAUUACAAAGAUUUUCAAAUACCACAUUAUGAUCCGUUCCAGGUUAUUAAAGAGAGAUUAGGUGAGCCAGAUUAUAUAAAGUACACUCGUCCAGAAAAUGAUACCAAUCCUACACCAUAUUAUUUAAGAAAUGAAAAAAUUGAAGAAGAAGAAGUUUCCGGUGAGACAUUUGAAGGAAAAGAAAAAGUCGUAGAGGUUGACAAAAUAAGUAUAGAAAAUCGUCUUUAUGAGGUUACAAAAAUGAUAGAUGAAAGAACCAAGCUGAUAACAGGAAAAGAUGUGUUGUCUGAAGCAAUAACAAAAGAUCUCAUAUCUUGUCCUGAACAUUGUCGUGAAAUAAGUGUAAUUAUUAAUUUUGACAAAAUUUGUAUUCCUCCACUACAUUUACUCAUUCCUAUAGAAUAUCCAAAAGAAAUAUGUGCAAUAAUAAAUCCUCAUUUUAAUGAAAGAAAUAGAAAUACUUUUCUUUGUAAAUAUAUAUCUAAAGUUGAGCAACUUUUACCAUAUCAUUCAGCCUAUCGGGAUAUUUCAAAUAUAGCUAAAACUUGGAUAAAUUUAGCAUUGGAUACAUAG